GCUUUCACGAAAUUUGCUCACUUUUCUGUGUCCGUGAACAAUGGCAUUUAAUGACCUGCCUAUUGAAACUUUAAAAAGGAGGAUAGAUGAAGCUCAGCGCUUUCUCUCCAUAUCGUUAAGCAUCUCGAAUGCGCACACAGUGGACUUUUACACGCGUGAUGUUUGGAGCACGUUCAUGUGUGUGAGUCCAGAAGAAGUGUUGUGUGCUAUCAGUUCCACACAUGACCGCAUGGGGGCGGUAGAAGAGAAGAAAAACGCCACCUUUGGUUUCUGCAAUGCCUCAAAGAAGCUGGUGGACAUAUCAGCCCUGCUGAGGGCAGCGAAAGCCCACUGUUUACCGGGUCUGGGGGUCUGUAUGCAGCUGGAAGAGCUGAUGCAGAAUCUCAGACUGAUAUAUGGAAACACUAUAGCAGGAGAGUCAUCAGACAAAGUUCUUGUUCCAGAUGAGUUUAUGAACUGUAAGAAGGCCCAUGAAGUGCAGGCAAUGUCUGAGGUUGUGGCUAGUUUGGCCGAAUGCUGCAGAGUCAAACAGGUGAUAGACGUGGGUUCGGGGAAAGGCUACCUGUGCUCCUAUCUAUCCAUGCGGUUUAACCUAAAGGUUUUUGGUAUCGACUCCUCCAGCACCAACACACAUGGAGCUCAGGAGAGGAACAGGAAACUGAAGAAGUUCUCCAAAGCCUAUCAGAAACAGAACAGAGCCGCUGGGAAUCAAGCUUUGGACAGUGAGGAUGGCAGUAAACAACACAGCAGAAACUAUGAGAACAGUGAUGGCAACAAAAACUUUAUUACAAAGGAAACGGGAAGUUUUGUGGCUCAAGUGGAAACCAGUGAUUUAUCAAAACAAGUCACCAUUGAUUUAUCCGCUUCAGAUAAUGCCACAUUAGACCCCAGUGAUUCGGAUGCAGGAAGCAGCUUCCUCAGCAUGCUGUCUCUAGACGUCAUAGAGGACGCUUCUCCUCGUGUCCACCCCAGCCAGCUGAGCCUGGAGGAAAGAGAGAAGAGGAAGAGGGAGAAUCUGGAGAGGAAAGCUCGAGAAGGGAGGGGGAACGACAGCGACAGCAGCCUGUUUUCCCCUCUGACCUCAUAUGUCACUGCAGAAACUGAACUCAAGACGCUGAUCACAGAGCUGGAGGAUGCAGUUCUGGUUGGCCUGCAUACGUGUGGAGAUUUGGCCCCCAGCACUCUGCGGAUGUUCAGGGCCAAACAGGAGCUGCGGGCCGUUUGCAGUGUGGGCUGCUGCUACCACCUGCUUUCUGAAGAGUUUGAUCAGGACAGACAGGGGUGUAUCAGUGGUGUGUGUGGUUUCCCCAUGAGUCAGUAUCUGAAGGAUCAGGCCUGUUUCUGUGGUCGAAAUGCCAGGAUGUCAGCAUGUCUCGCUCUGGAGAGGGUGUCUGCCGGGGGAGGGCUGCCUAUGGAGUCACUUUUUUAUCGGGCGGUUCUCCAUGUUAUUUUACAGGAUCACUACGAUUGCUUUAAAAGUGAGAAACGUGUUGGGAACGUGUACUCCAAAGCCUCGUCGUUUGUGGACUACGUCAGGCGGGCACUUAGGAAGCUGGAUCUGGAUGAGACUAAACUAUCUGACGACGACAUUCAGAGCUAUCAUGAUCGCUAUAGACCCAGGAUGAAUGAGAUGGUGGCUUUUAACAUGUUGAAAGUAACCUUGGCUCCAUGUAUAGAGGGUCUCAUCCUCCUGGACCGACUUUGCUACUUGAAAGAGCAGGAGAAUGUUUCUCAUUCUGCGCUGGUUCAGCUCUUUGACCCCCUCCAGUCCCCUAGAUGUUAUGCAGUUGUUGGUAUAAAGGAAUCUACAGUUUGAAGACCAAAGCUGGUAGCCCUGCUGCUUAGUGUAAUUUAUUGAUUUAAUUUUAAUGUAUUAUUUUGAUACAACUUUAUAGUUUUUAUUUUUCAUUAUUAAAUAUUUUGUUUUAAAGUUCAGAUUCUAAA